UUAUGAAAUCAAUUGAAUAAAAUAAUAUAUAAGCAUAAUUAAAUGCCCCGUAGUAUUCGAUCCUUGUUAUAUACAAAAACACAAGCACUCCAAAAUAUACGUGAUCGCAGCUUAACUCAUGGUCUCUGUAUGCACAGUUGUGAAAUGUCAUAUAACUGAAAUAUAGUGCACAUCCGCCAGAAACGCAGGGACUUUUCUGCGAGAAUUUUCGGCGCCGAUGAGACGGCAUUUGAAGUAAACCGGUUCGGUUCUAAGUGAAACCUCUCGGCUAAGAGUAGAGCAGUCGAAACUGGGCUGAGUGAUAGAGGUACGGCGGGCACGAUGUCUUUGGUUGAUUUGGGAAAGAAGCUUUUAGAGGCAGCACGUGCUGGUCAAGACGACGAAGUUCGUAUCCUAAUGGCAAAUGGAGCCCCUUUCACCACUGAUUGGCUUGGAACAUCGCCACUCCAUCUAGCUGCACAGUAUGGUCACUACUCCACAACUGAAGUGUUACUUCGAGCAGGAGUGAGUAGAGAUGCUCGGACAAAAGUGGACAGGACGCCACUCCAUAUGGCUGCUGCAGAAGGGCAUGCAAACAUAGUAGACAUGUUACUUAAGCAUGGGGCUGACAUCAAUGCCAAAGACAUGUUAAAAAUGACCGCUCUUCACUGGGCAACUGAACACAACCAUCAGGAAGUAGUAGAACUCUUAGUAAAAUAUGGAGCUGAUGUACAUACGCAGAGCAAGUUUUGUAAAACUGCAUUUGAUAUCUCAGUGGAUAAUGGAAAUGAAGACCUUGCAGAAAUUCUACAGAUUGCUAUGCAGAACCAAAUUAAUACAAAUCCAGAAAGUCCAGAAACUGUGACCAUACAUACUGCUACACCGCAAUUUUUUAUUGGACCUGGAGGCGUUGUUAAUUUGACAGAUGACAAUGGGGUAUCAUCUGCUGUGCAGUUUGGAAAUUCAUCUACUUCAGUUUUAGCUACAUUAGCUGCAAUAGCUGAAGCCUCUGCUCCUUUGUCCAAUUCCACAGAAACACCAGUAGUUGCAACAGAAGAAGUAGUGACUGCCGAAUCAGUAGAUGGAGCAAUCCAGCAAGUUGUCAGCUCAGGAGGCCAGCAAGUUAUUACAAUUGUAACAGACGGCAUUCAUCUUGGUAAUCUACAAUCUGCUAGUAGCGGAAUAGGUCAACCAAUUAUUGUCACAAUGCCUGAUGGUCAACAAGUGUUAACUGUGCCAGCUACUGAUAUUGCUGAAGAAACUGUGAUAAGUGAAGAACCCCCAUCUAAAAGACAGUGUAUUGAGAUAAUUGAAAAUCGAGUUGAGUCAGCAGAAAUUGAGAUUCCAGAAACAUCUGGGUCAGAAAUCUAUAUUGUGAAUACUCAAGAGUUCUCUCAGGAAAGAGAAUGCCUUCAGAAACAACUUGACGAAGCCAACCGUGAAGCCCACAAAUAUCGUCAGCAGCUUCUAAAAAAAGAGCAAGAGGCUGAGGCAUACCGACAGAAGCUAGAAGCUAUGACAAGGCUGCACACUAAUAAAGAAGUCAUUUAAGUGACUAACUGAAGAGGACGUAUAAUUUUUUAUAUUUUCAUUCAACAAGGAGAUAUAAACCAUAACUGUGCACUGUAUGGUUACAGACAUGAGUCUCAACAGCAAUUAUUGUCAAGCAAGAUAUCUUGCAAGAAAUGUUAAAUACUUGUAACAUAGUAUACAAGUGCCGGUGUUACAAAGCUCACUUUUUGUGAAAAGUAUUUAAAUACUGUAUAUAGUCUUUUUUUUUUACAGUUAUAAAAUAAGUUGAUACUGAAUUUGAGAAAGUUGCAGAAACAACGUAGUCGUGUUUUUCCAAACUGUUUCUACUAAAUAUGAAAACAAUUUGUAGAAUGCACCACUUUCCACUAAAUACUUAUUUGGCAAAUUGUCUUAAAAAGAUACUUAGUUCUGCAAUGCUCUCUUUAAACAGAUCAACGAUGCCUUUGAGGUUACCAUUUCCUAGUGGAAAUCUUUUGUACAGCUUUUCAUUUUGUUUCUCCUAUUCUUUGAAUUUUUCUUUUCUAAUGAGCAAAUUUUUUUAUAUCUGUUAACUUUCAAAACAUCCAGGUAGGUUACAUGUAUAUGAAGCUAAUAUUUUUUAAUAAGUUGUUUUUUUUUGUACAUAUGCUGCAUGUUUUUGUAUAUCUUACUGCACAUAUCAAGCUUGAAUCUCUAGGCAGAGAAAAAAAUUAUAUACGGCACAUCAGUAGUUUAAAGUUUCUCAAUCAUAAUAUGUGUUUGCAUAGUUCACUCUCUCAUAGUUUUUUAAAUAUUUACAUUGAAAUCAGAGUAAAUUAAAUUUCUACUCCUAUUGUUUGUAUUUUUUCAAAAAACAAUUGGUCAUUUAGACUUAUGUUUUUUUAUUUACAUUUUGAAUUCAGUUUUGCUUCUCGCAUACCUGUUCUAUCCAUACCUUUCACUCCACAAAUCCACAGAUUUCAGGUUAUAAAGGAGUCUAAAAUGAUGAGUGAUAUUAACUGUUAUACAGAAAUGUAAAUAUACAUGGAAAUCAUGCUUUUUUACUCAAUAUACAAUCAUUAACUUCAUAGCUUCUUUGUUUUCUUUGGAUUCAUGAAAAUAAUGUGAUGACACAAAAUAAUCACAAUAUAAAAUCUGUUUAUUUGUAAAUGCUAUGGGUUUUUGAUUACAGAUGACUUUUAUGCUUUUUGUUCUAACAAAUAUAAUAACAAUGAAUUGCUAUUUAUCACAGGGUAAUACAGCUAAUGCCUGGAAAACCGAGUGUAGAUUUAACACUGCACAUUCUCCCUGCUUUUCAGAUCUUGUCAGUGUGGUGCCUGCAUAUGUUUAAAUUACCUCCUUUGAAAUAAUUCUUCUUCAGGAGUAUGACCAGACCAAAAAUAUAAAAGAAAAUAUAAAAACUUUAUAUCCCUCAGGAACUUCAGAGAUGUGCCAUUAUUUUACUUAAAAUCUCCAUAAUCAAGCUGAUUUUAUAAAAAAAAAAAAAAAAAAAAACUGGAGUAAAAGGUUAUGUUGUUGCUAGAUCAUAUGUCAUAAUGUUUAAUGCAAUUAUUAAAGAUCUUCAACAUAAGGAAGUUA